AUGGCUCCAGUUCCAGUUGAAGAUCCCGGCAUGUCGAUGGAGCUGCCGGACAUUCCUGGAGUUUCACUAGAAGACCGCGAUAACGAAGACACCAAGCUCUCCCUGGAGGCUCGCAUGAUCGAAGAGAACAUUGCCGAAAUAUCACCCUCCAUCAGCCUCAACAACCUCGUUUCUCGAUCCGAUUCUACUUCCACCUCCACUUCCACCGUCAAGUAUGGCCAAGGCACGAUCGACCCCCACAGCAUCAAAAUGCAGGGUCUCAUGGCUCUAUUCGCCAUUAUCGGCGCAGCAUUUGUGCUAGGUGGCAUUUGGUUCUUCUUCUGGGCCAAGAACGGUGGCUUCCACUGGCGCAAGACGGACUGGGAUGACUACAAGUCUACCGUCCUGCGUCGUAAAGGCCCAGACGGCCGCACCCUCAGUAACGCGACCAAGAGUACAAAGCUCGGUGGCGGCAGUAUUGUGGACAAAGACUACACCGACGAUGGAUACACCUACACCGACGAGACAUACACGCAAACCGCCUCGACAAUCAUGACAACAGACGAGAAGCCGAGACGCAAACGCAACUUCAAGGAGAAGAUACUCCGCCGUAACCGCGAUGACCACUGGGAAGGCGCAGGAGACGCAGACGUCCGCGCAUACCGUGAGGAGAAGCCAGCACAGAUCGGCGGCAUGAACCGCGAGGCAGAUGGCACUUACCACGGUAGUGACUAUGACUCUUCCGCACCGCCUACACACUACAACCGCAGCGAGAUGAGCGAAGUCCGUGACUACGCUUAUGAAAAGCCCCGUCGAUCUAAGACUAAGCAGAAGAAGCGUAAUCCUUCUGGUUUCUCGUUCACUGCUGGCAGUGAAGAUGUGAUUAGCCAAACUACCGAGGAACAACCAUUGCGUGAUCCGGCUAGUCGCCGGGACCGGGACCGAGAUCAUGAGCGUGAGGCCCGUCGGGAGAACCGUCGUCGCGAAAAACGCAGUGCAGCCGCUUCUUCCGUGCCUUCUGUUCCAUCUGCUCCUUCGUCGCGUACUAGCAGCCCGCGUAAGAAGAAGGAGGCUCGCAAUAUGCCUGGUCACUUCACCGAGCCGCUGGAUUUCUCGUCUUCUGGCACUCGCUCUGAGUACCAAUAUUCCAAUGUUGAUACUGAAGACUCGGGUACUAAGAGUUAUCACCACCCGAUUGCUGGCUUGAGCAAAGGAUACCGACGUGAUGAUCGCCGUGAAGGUCGACGAAGCCGUCGCCGUGAUAGUUUGAGCGACAGUGAUGGUGAUGAGACCCGUUACUCAUGA